AUGCGAGGAUGUCUGCAGUUAGCCCGAUGGCUGAGCGCAGCGCCGCGAUCUCCAGCCGCGAGCUUCAAGCCGCCCGUUGGCUUUCCAUCCCACUAUAGAACAAGACGAUCGUUCACUCAGUCUGCCGUGUGGGCUGCAUCACGGUCCAAGGGAGUUUCCCGCAUGCCUGACACGGACCUCGAGAAACGGAUCGCCGCAAUCCCCAUCGACCGGUAUCGCAAUUUUUGCAUCGUCGCGCACGUCGACCAUGGCAAGAGCACACUCUCGGACCGGCUACUCGAGCUGACCGGUACAAUCCAGCCCGGAACAAACAAACAGGUCUUGGAUAGACUCGAUGUCGAGCGAGAGCGCGGAAUCACGGUCAAGGCGCAAACAUGUACCAUGAUUUACAACCACAAGGGCGAGGACUAUUUGUUGCAUUUGGUUGACACGCCCGGGCAUGUGGAUUUUCGAGCGGAGGUCUCGCGAAGCUAUGCCAGCUGUGGCGGGGCAUUGCUCUUGGUCGAUGCAAGUCAGGGUGUCCAGGCGCAAACCGUCGCCAAUUUCUACCUGGCAUUUUCGCAGGGCCUUGAGUUGAUCCCCGUCAUUAACAAGGUUGAUUUACCGUCUGCGGACCCAGAGCGGGCUCUGGAGCAGAUGAAAAGUUCAUUUGAACUCGACACGGAAAAUGCAGUGAUGGUCUCGGCCAAGACUGGGGUGAAUGUCGAGGCGCUGCUGCCGACGGUAGUCGAGAAGAUCCCUGCACCUGUAGGCGAUGGCCAGAAACCGCUUCGGAUGCUACUGGUCGACUCCUGGUACGACCCUUAUAAAGGCGUGAUUCUUUUGGUGCGCGUGUUUGACGGCGAGGUGCGUGCUGGCCAGCAGCUCGUGUCAUUCGUGACCGGUCUCAAGUACUGGGUGGGAGAGGUCGGGAUCAUGUACCCCGUUGAGACCGCCCAGUCAGUCCUUCGUGCCGGUCAGGUUGGGUAUAUCUACUUCAAUCCUGGAAUGAAACGGAGUAAAGAGGCCAAGAUCGGCGACACUCUCACGACAGUUGGGUCGGAGAAGGCCGUUGAACCACUACCUGGAUUCGAAGAACCGAAAUCUAUGGUUUUCGUGGCCGUGUACCCGAUGAACGCGGACCACUUUGAGCAUCUCGAAGAUAGUAUCAACCAGCUCAUCUUGAAUGACCGAAGCAUCACUGUUCAGAAGGAGUCGUCCGAGGCUCUGGGAGCGGGGUUCCGCAUGGGCUUCCUGGGUACCCUUCAUUGCUCUGUGUUCGAGGAUCGUCUGCGGCAGGAGCACGGUGCCAGCAUCAUCAUUACCCCUCCAUCAGUUCCAGUAAAGCUAAAGUGGAAAGAUGGCACCGAGGAAAUCAUUACCAACCCAGCCAAAUUUCCCGACGACGAUAGCGUUCGUCUCAAAGUCGCCGAGAUUCAGGAACCAUAUGUCCUGGCCACUUUGACCUUCCCCGAUGAAUAUCUGGGCAAGGUGAUCGAGCUGUGCGAGUCUAACCGUGGUGAGCAACAGAGCCUGGAAUACUUCACCUCGACCCAAGUCAUUUUGAAAUACGAGCUACCCUUGGCACACUUGGUCGACGACUUCUUCGGAAAACUAAAAGGGUCCACUAAAGGCUAUGCCAGUCUGGACUACGAGGAGUCAGCCUGGCGAACAGGGAACAUUGUCAAGCUCCAGCUCUUGGUCAACAAAGUCCCCGUGGACGCCGUGGCUCGGAUUAUGCACAUGAGCCAGGUCAGUCGGCAAGGCAGAGUGUGGGUGAGCAAGUUCAAGGAGCAUGUUGAUCGGCAGCUGUUCGAGAUUAUCAUCCAGGCAGCUGUCGGCAAGAAAAUCAUUGCCCGUGAAACCAUCAAGCCCUACCGCAAGGACGUCUUGGCCAAGCUACAUGCUAGUGAUGUUAGUCGACGGCGCAAGCUGCUGGAGAAGCAAAAAGAAGGCCGCAAGAAGCUGCGCGCAGUUGGGAAUGUGGUGAUUGAACAUAAGGCGUUCCAGGCCUUCCUGUCGAAAUAA